UAGUUGACAUAAAGAUAGAACACACACAACGAAAGAGAGAUGGGUGUGAGGGUUGUGAAUGCCAUAGGAGAAAUGUUGCCAUGCACAACAAUGGUCAUAAUAGAAGCUGUCGCUAUUUUCUUGACGAUUAUGGCCAGUACCGCUAUGUCCAAGUUUGGAAAAUAAGGAUCGACUGGAAAAGGCAGGGAAGUCAAGCAAGAGUAGUUGGUACCUUAAUGUCAAUAGUGGGGAUGUUAUCAAUGACUUUCUACAAAGGUCCAGUGGUAAACAAGUAUUCCCCAUCUUUUCUUCAGCUGGCAAGACCGCAUCUCCUCGUCUUCACUUCAACACAUGAGAAUUGCGUUCUUGGUUGUUUCUUGUUUGCAGCUGCUUCAUUUGCUCUCACCAUAUGGAACAAUAUUCAGGCGGGAAGUAGCAAGAAGCGCCCACAUGUGAUGAAAAUAACGUGCCUUUAUACCUUGUUUGGGACGAUCCAAUCUGCAGUAUUUAAUUUGUUUUAAUUAUGGAAAGAGAUCUCAGUGCAUGGAGAC